CCAUGUACAUUACAUCUCAACAAAAAUCCACAACUAAUUUUCACCAUUUUUAAUUAAGAUAUGGAGGAUGACCAUAUGAAAUUGGUUCCAAUAGCCAAUGUGGGAAGGAUCAUGAAACAAAUAUUGCCACCAACAGCCAAAAUCUCCAAGGAAGCUAAGGAGAGAAUGCAAAAAUGUGCAUCAGAAUUUAUAAGUUUUGUAACAGGUGAAGCAUCUGACAAGUGUCACAAGGAGAAUCGUCGGACGGUUAAUGGAGAUGACAUCUGUUGGGCUCUCAAUUCAUUGGGUUUUGACGACUAUGCAGAGGUUAUGUUGAGGUACUUGUAUAAGUUGAGGGACUUUGAAAAACUUAGAGCCAAUCAAAACAAAGUAUUAGGUUUAAAUGACGAUGAAGAUAAUACGGAUGAUGAAGAACCUCCAAGUGCUACUACUUCUCCAGUACCAUUAGAGUUUAAUAUACUGGAAAGGGGGCAACGCUUCAAUUGA